UGUAGGUUUUGUUGUUUAUAAAAGUGCAUUUUUGACUUAAUUAACUAUGAUCUUAUUUUUCAAUUGGUUGUAGUGAAAUGUCACACGAAAAUUACGCACGUUACUUAAAAAAAAGUGGCAUUUUGUAUAGAAGGAAAAGGCAAAUAGCAGCACUCAGAGAACAGUGCGACUCUGUCGGAGUGUCAACCUUUGACCACACUGUUCAUGAUGUGGUAAAUGUGGCAGAUGUGGUUGAAUCUGCCAUCGACGAUACAUCUGCCAUCGACGUAGAAGACCAUAUCGCUUCUUCUUCUAGUUCUAGUGAUGAAGAAUACGAGUGUGGUGAAGAAGAAUCUGAGCGUGGCGAAGCUAUAGUUGAUUUUGAAUCAAUGAAUAUCGUAGAUUGUUUAAAGUAUUUUGCUUUAUCUACGAAUCAAAAGCACUCUGCGAUAAACGUAUUGCUCAAGAUUUUGAAAUCAAAAACAAAUUACGUCCUUCCGAGAGAUGCCAGAACACUACUUAGCACCAAUAGAAAUCGUCCGAAAAUAAGUGAUCUCGGAAAUGGUUUGUUCUGGAACCGAGGUGUUAUGAAGAGUCUGAUUGAAAAUUUAAGGUAUGCUACUGUGACUGAAACAUUGUCAUUAAAUAUUUUCAUCGAUGGACUUCCAUUGCACAAGAGUAGUAAUAUGCAAUUUUGGCCAAUCAUGAUAAAUAUUCAAGAAAUGCCACAUAUUGCACCAAUCACUACAAUUUUAUUUUGUGGACGCUCAAAACCGACAAAUGCUCAACAGUUUAUGAACCCUUUAGUCCAAGAGCUGAAUGUUUUAAUGGACGAGGGGCUUGAGCUGAAUAAUCGCCGAGUCAACGUUAAAAUACGGGCAAUAAUAGCAGAUUCUCCAUAAUAAUAGCAUUUUUGAAAGGUAAGUGAUGAUAGAUUUAAAUGUUGUAGGGAUUGAUUUCAUUAAUCUUUUGUAGUUCCAUCUAUUAUUCCAUUAUUCGCAUUAUUUUCGAUAUUAUGGCCAGGCCGUAUAUAUUAUUCAAUAUUCUUAAAUUUAACAACGGAAUACAUGUCACUUAUGUACUAUUAGGAAAGGUGGCAUUUCCUUCUCCCGACGCACCAUUUUUGUUUUUUUUUUUUGUUAACGGGGAGGGAUCCUUCAAAAGGUACCCUUCACAUAUGUGACUCGUCACGGAAUGAUGUUGCCUCCUGAUCUGGGUUAUGUGGGAUUCAUCGUGACACUUGGCCCGAGAAGCAGAUGCGACCGCACUAAACGCCUCCUCAACCUGAUCCGAAACCUGCCGAUGCGCUGAUAUGCGUAGUACUCCAUGCAAGAACGUGUGUGCUGUGCACCCUUGCUGUUGUCGUCGUCCUAGUUGUCUGUGCUGCUGCUGCUGCUUCGUGCCUUCCUGCUGCUACUGCCGCUCCAAUCCGCUCGUCUGUUGCCGUAACUACCGUGCGAGUUUUUGCUCCUGGAGUAACCCUGGUUACUCGUCGCUGUUGCUGCUGCACUCAAAUUCGUUAUCCUGAGUUGCAGAAGCGUUGCAACCACUGCUGCCCCGCUUGUUCUCUCGUCCGCUGUCGUAUCCGUCGCCGUCGUCUUACUGUGGAUGGACUCUCCUCAUUCCACCUCAGUUGAAGUGUUUUGAAGAUCGUCCUAGCAGCAGUCCGAACCGCCUCACAUGUGCUGCUGCUGGCACACAUCUCCGCCGCUAGAUUUUCUAUCGCAAGGCGGGUAAGGCUUUGCUGUUGCAUCUCGUACUGCGCCCGAGCAAACCGUGGACAGUGGGACAUGACGUGCUCGACAUUUCCACGGUGUUUUCACACACCGGGCAGUUUGGCGAACCGUUCAGGCGAACCGAACUUGUCGACGAAUUAGCUCUGGAGAAAUCCAUGACCUGUAAAUAAUUGAGAUACAUAAAAGUCAAUCUCCCCGUGCCUACGAUUUACCCACGACAUAAGGUCGGGGAUCAUCCUCCUCGUCUUCAAACCCGGCGCUCGCUGUUGUUCUGUUCUGGCUGUCCACUGUUGCUGCCAGCGUCUCAUAGUCUUCUCGCGCUGCCGUUUCCGUAUUCCCGAUGCUGCCUACCCUGUGCUGCCUUUUCGUCGUGGCUCUCCCGACGCAGCUAAAAUGUACCAUAGCCCGGGUGAGCUCGGAAGUGGAUAAGGAGUUCCUAACGAAAAAUUGAACUACGAUGUCGUCUUGGGUAGGUCGGGACGAGGGCGGUAUUUGCAACAAAGCGUUGCGGAAUCUUUAUGCAGCUUCUUCUUCUUCAUGUUCUUCUCGGAUAGUACUCGCUUACACUCAUAAUCAAACCAUUUCUUCCUCUAGUCACGUGUCACCUGGCCAAUCGUUCGCUCUGCCGUGGUGCUGAUAGUUUGCUCCAUAGUAAGCCAGUGGUCAUUAAGGGACAUCGCCUCGGUAGUGGUGUACACUCCGGCAACGCUUCCCCAAGCGCGAUCGCGAAGUCCCUCUCCACAUCAGCUUGCCUCAGCCGAUCCAUGUUGAUCCUUGGGGUAGGCUGAUAGCGCAGUGUGUUGGCUACGCAGAGUUUAUGGCGUAAUUUCACCAUUGCCAGGAAAUAGUUUGAGUCGACGUUUGCUCCUCUGUAGGUCCAUACGUCGAUGAUAUCCUUCCAGUGCCUUCCAUCGACGAGAACGUAGUCAAUCUGGGAAUAUGUCUGCUGUGGUGAUCUCCACGUGUAGCUGAACUGAGGUGCCUGCUGAAUGAAGAUGCUGCGAAUGGGCAUGUGCUUCGAGGAGGAAAAGUUUAUUAGGCGAAGCCCUUUGUCGUUCGUCAGCUGGUGGGCGCUGAAACUUGCUAUCGUUGGUUUGUAUGCCUCCACCCGUCAAAACUGAGCAUUUAAAUCUCACAUCAAGUUCUCCUUCUCGUCAUCAAUGCUUCCAAGGUGCGUACUGUGCACAUUGAUAAUGCUCAGAUUGAAGAACCUUCCACGGAUCCUCAACCUGCUAAUCCGUUCAUUGAUCGACCACCAUCCGAUUACUCGCUUGCCACCACCGCUCUGGUGGAUCACACAAUCACUGAAGUCACACACAAUUCCGAAGCCGCGGACCCUCACCUCGUCCGCAAGAAAAGGGGUACGUCCAGGAGCUGUGAGGGAUUGGCAGUUCCAUGUUCCCAGUUACCAGUCGUUGUCCUUGUUCCGCAGCGUGGGUCUGUAUCGUUUAGCCCGAUUUUAAGUUUUCUGUUUACGUUGCGUGUGCAUUGGGGGUAACC